UCCUCUCCCGAUAGCGAGAAAGCGGGAGAUUUCAACCAAAAGAACGAAAGAAACAGGCCAAAGAACAAUGUCUUGCCUCUUUUGCUUUCGACAUUUUUAUUAUUGCCUUCUGCGAUGAUGUAAUAAUAAUGAAAUCAGCAGUUCGAUAAGAAGAUUGAUUUUCCAGAAUGGAACCGGUUUCGGAGGAGAUGGUCAAGAAAUGGUUAAGCCUGGCUCAGAAAUGGCGAACAGAGAAAUAUUCGUGUGAAAUGUGGAAUCUCAUGGACGAUCUUAGAAGUUUUUUGGAUGAUCUACACGCCGUCAUCAAAGGAAAGAACAGUCCGCGGUCUGUUCUCCAGGAAUUUCCAAGUGUUGGUAAAUUACUGGGUGCAUUGAUCCAGAUCCCUGUUAUUCAGACAUCUGAGAGUGUUGUGAAAAAGCUGGUAGGCUGCGUGUUGGAUCUUGCAGCCCACUCAAGUGAAUUCCAAGAAGACAGUAUCACCAGGAAGGCAGUCAGUUGGGCUCAGUCUCAAGUUAGAAACAUGACUAUUUGUGGCUGCCCUGAUCCAAAUAACCUUAGCAUUGGAGAGUAUCUGGGAUAUACUGCACAAGAGACUACAGAGACCUUCCAACAUAAGUUGGUAGAGUCCAUUUGCCAUGACCUCUCAAGCUUCAAAUGUGUGAAAUGGAACUCAAAAAUAAGUGAUUUAGAACCUGUUGUGGAUGUGAAAGGAUCGACUUUGAGAGGCUUAUCUGAAAUGAUUAUCCCACUGAUGGACUACCCUUCUAUUCUUCCAUUGGUUGAAGCACUGCUAUUGUCAUCUAAAAAGGCUACUGAUUUAUUCAGCUCAAAUGCUGGUGCCCUCUUCAUAGCAACAAACUGCCUGUCUCCCCAGUUUCUAUCUCUGUGUGGCCAGAUGGCAUCCAGCAGAAAACAUGCUGGAACAGGAUUAAGUUAUUCUGCAAAGAUUGCCUUAUGGCAUCAGCAUCAAGAAAGCUUUGAGGAAGAGGUACUUGCAGUGAUAGAAGCUGUUUCAUUCUCCAAGUCAGUAGAUUUUGAUCAGGAACUGAAGGAUUAUUUUCAAUCAAGUGAUUUAAUCCUAGCCUGUACAGAGAGCGUUCAACUUGGACUAGCGGCUGAACAACUGUUAAGUGAAAUGCUGCGCAAAACCAUGGGGGACCAAAGAAUAUGGAAGAUUCUAGAAAUGUUGGUGGAUUAUCGCAUGACUCGAGGAUGUAGGAAAGGCAAGUCGGCUCUCCAUAUGGACGGACUGGAGGACAGAGAGAAAGACCGACAAGCUUUGGUUCUAUGACGUCGAUAAGCAGUGCUAACGACAUCUUCUUUACACGUGCAAUGCCACAUCUCCGCCCGCUAGUCCGCGGCAGAUGAUUGCAGCGAAUAAUUUAGUCCCGGCCAGUGACUUUGACUGGCUUAAUAAAACGUAGAAAAAAAAGUGAAUUAUAGAAUCACAACUCAAUGUUACAAUUAGAAAGCCUACAGACGAGAGGUGAUCUGCGUAAUCGCUGUGGAAACAGGGACAUAGAUUUGUUUCGCGGUCAUUUCGAGCAUUAGCUUUUUCAUCGAAGUCUCUUGCUCGAGACGUCAGCAAAACGGUGUAUUUUUAGACGUUAAACGCUAAACGGAAUAAAGAAAAAUGCAUGAAAAUGAUUUUUUUAUUUUUCAUAACAUUAGUUUUGCUAGUCGAAAUUACUAUGCUCAUUUCGUCGACAUUUUGCAGCACUUUUUUCCAAAAACUACUAUAUUCAUAACUACAUUUUUGCAAAAUUAGAGGGAUUGAGAAUCAGCUCCGUCAAAAUCCUUUGAAUAGCCUUCAAAGCUGCCACGUGACAUUGUGAGGAUUUCCCAGGCAAUCAGCCGAUAUAAUACGUAGACAUAUGUAACAAGGAUUUUUUGGUUUGCACGCUACGUUUACGCUGCACCUAGAAUUUCUUUUCUUAAAGGCAUCAAAUAGUCCCCUAAAAACGAAGGGUAUAUAUUUUUUUUCUGAAUAAAUUUUAAUUGCUGAUAAUCUUAUUAUUGGUGUUGUAUUAACAUUACUUGACUGCCUAGGUAUAUGCUGAUUGACAUUGUAUUGUUUUCAUCAAGCUUGUUCCCAGGCUGUUCUGGGUACUCGAUUGGGUUGUUCGUCGUCAGUUUGACGUAGACUUGAAAUUUACCCAGUAACCCCUAAAACGUAUUUUUUACAGGCUUUUGUCCAUCCGGGGGGGGCUAUACGCCAUUUUGAACAUUACCCAGAAACCCUAGAAACUGGUUGAGCUUUUUAAGGUCUUAAAAACACUGCUGACGUAUAUGAUAGGCAUCUGGUAAUUUACCUUACUUGCGUCACAUACGAAGUGUAACGACGCUUGCUUGUUUACUUUCGCAAAAUAUAUUUAAUUGUUGUAAAUAUAAAUCUUGCCCCACGGCUAUCGCAUUAGUCUGUUGGUUUUCGUGGAAAUUGCCUACACGUAGAAAAAAAAAUCAUUUAAUUAAAUUUUUAUACUUAUUUUUGUUUCAAAAUGUCUCAUGCUGCUAAAUCCCUUACUGCGUAUUCAGUACACUCGGGGCUCGGUGAAAAUCAAAGAACGAAAGCAAAACAGAUGCUAUUCACUCGGAAACAAUAUUUCUUAAUAUGACAUGCGAAUUUAUCGGUUUUAUCUCUAUUUUCUAUACACUGAUGAUGUUGAUUGGAGCUUACACUCAUUAAUGGAACCGUUUAUUAUUUAACUAGCACCGUUACUUCCCAUUCGUUGCUUGACAUUUUUUCGUAUAAGAACCUUUUUGUGGGAUUGUUUUUGUAUUGUCUACAGUUUGUUACUACACAUUUGAUAAGAAAAAAAGCAUUUUGACAUUCGAAAUCACUAAGGCCAGAAGUUAAAACUAUAAGCUGAAUUUGCGUCUUUUUCGCGUUUUAGUUAGUUUAUCGCCGUCAGAUUUCUCGCACUGGUUUCCUCGAUUAGUAUAAACAAGAUGGGAUUCUAAGCUUACAAUAAAACACCAACCAGUUUAGAAAAUAUAAAAAUGUUGUCAAGGAAAGCAGUUCCCAUCUAAUAAGGAUAUGACCUGGAGCGAGCGAUGAGCAAAAUGCGCGUUUGAAGGCGGCGACCUGCAUUGCCUCUCUGCUAAUUUAAUUUUUUGCCUUUAUCCGAUCGCAUGCGAAUUUUUUUAUCAACCUCAUAUGUGGUGUUUACCAGAAAUACCAUUCAUCAUAUACUAAAAAAAAGGAAAAUGCAUUACAGCUUUUAAUCAAAGUUGCUUUUUUGCGUUCAAAAACUUGCUCUUUAUAAGCAUAAAUGUUUCUCUUGCUGAAGCUUUUAAAUCAUCUUAAAAACUUCAUUCAGCAUUUUCACCAUUCACUAGCGAGUUUUUGUGUAACAGCACAAUUGCAUCAAUCAUUUUGAUUAACUUGAAACAAGUAUACACCACACGUCGGCGGGCGAUAACUUACUCUCCAUUAACUCAGUUAUACCACUGUUUUAUUCGCAAGAAGAAAUAACGAAAAUCGAGUCUAAAAGUAUAACUAGCCGUUUGUUUGAUUUUUGGUUAUUACAAACCUUUUUGAUUAACAUAAUCAAACCAUACCUUUUUUGACUUUCGCACCUUCUUUGUUUAUCAUACUCAGGCAACAAGCCUUGCCCGAGCGAUCUGUAUUCCUUUUCGUGUUGUUGCCAAGAGUUUAGAGGAGACCUCAUUUGAUAACCGCGAAUUAAAGCCCUUCUAUGUCUUCCUUGUAAACUUACGAAGUGAUAUUAUAUCUAAUACCUCAGCGUGAAUCGAAGAUAAUGGUCCCUAGUAAUGGUUAUAAAUGGCAUAUGAAUACGUACCUUGUAAUCGAAACAACGGUCCGAAAAAGCUGUUCGCUGAGACAACCUCAGGAGUGACGGAAGCUCUAAUGCUUUCGCGUUCUAGUUUUUUAGUCUGAUACUUCGCCAAGUCGCAUCCAGAGCUUGAGGCUUAACGGCGUAUCCCAUAUCACGUAGAAUCCGUGACAGGCCUGACAGAGCUCCUUGCAAGCUUCUCUUAUCAACCCUCUUUUGCCAAUGUACCGGAUUAUUAACGUUCAUUAUAGCAACGCCUUCUCCGAUGGUGACAUACCGUGUCGCUCGCGUGCCGUCAAUGUCACAUCGUAAACAAAUCACAUACUUUGCUUGUCGCGUUUUUUGAAUGUAUGCAGUUAUCGUUAAGUAGUCAGCGAGCGGAAAUUACAAGCCAAGUGAAACACCAUUCCUUUUGAAUUGAAUAUUCCUAAAGCAUUUAUUUUCCAAGAGGGUUAGUGUUAAGAAGAUAAGCUUGGAUUUCACUUUUAACACAACGAAGUUAUGUUUUUAUUUUAUUAGAUUCUCGAACCAGUUAGGCUAGCUUUGCUAGUUGGUUAUGCCGAUGUUAGUUGGUUUUUGCUCUUAUCGCGUUGUUGUGUUUUGUAAAUCAUCAAUAGCUUGGUUUUCGUAUGCGCAUAGUGAUUUGUCCUUAAAGUCACUUUUUCACCAUCGUAUCUUACUUUUUAUCUCACUCAUUUUAUUACUAUUGAUUUAUUGUUGUACUACGAUCAAUUAAAAUUAAAACAGAAACAUUUACAGUGCAUUUGGGUACGGUAGAAUCCUUUUGAGGAUUUCAUUUUUUUCAAAGGCAAUAAAUCAAUUCAUCUAUGAGUUCGCUAUCUUUGUUUUCAAUCUAGAAAGUGCUAGUUAACUGUGCUUUUGUCAGUCAUUUUUUUUUUGGGGUUUAUUUUUCAGGUUUCACAAUACUAUAGACAUGUCGGCAUUCGGCAGGAAAGGCAUAUUACCGUCAAUUUAAGCUAACAUCUAAUCGCACAAUGACUAAAAUGUUUAUUUUCCUUUUGGCUUUAUUCGGAAGGUUCCACAGAUCAAUGCUGAAUGCACCCUCGUCAUUCGCGUCACGAGCGCACAUUUUUUCACGAAUGCGGAACGUAAUUGAACUCAAACAAGUGCGUUAUUUUAUUGUUUCUCAGAGAUGGAAAAGUCACGUUUGUAUCAUCGCGCUUUUCUUUACAAUAUUCUUAUUGACAAGUAUAAUAAAUAUCUACAUUUAUUAAGUUAUAAUAUCUAUAACAUCGUUAAAUCUAGCUUUACUCGGAAUGUACGACUUCUUUGUCCAACUGUUCGCGCUGGUUGCAUGAGGCUAAGGCAAGUAAACGUUUCGAGAUCGAGAUGUCCAUGUUUUUUUUCUCUUUGACUCAAAUCAGUAGGAUGGAAAAAAAGAAGAGAGAAAAACUAAAGCAUCGAGAAAAGUUAAGAAAAAAAAAUUAAAAUGGGGGAAAAGACGAUCUUCUGCUAAAUUACGAGUUUAUUACCAGAAAGGUUUAUCUGAGUAGAUAGCGUAGAUAACGAUACAAAGGUGGUUUUAAUGUUUGUUUUUUUUUUGAAGGAAAAAACACCGGAGAAAGUUCCGCUGUAAUGGCUAUUCUAUUCCGCGCCGGCGACGGGACCUCACUUCAAAUUACUCGUAUCUCUAUCGCUACCAUAGUGAGACUUUUUAAGUUUUUCUUAAAAUGCAAGUUGAACUUGUGAAACGGUGGAAGCUAAUGUUGAUUUCCUGAUUGUUUUAAGGAGGGAAGACCUAGCUUUCUGAUGAAGACUUUCUGCCAUCGUUUACGUGCAACGAAUGUUAGGUAAUGAUGUAACAAAAUGCCAAAUUUCCUUAAUGGCUAAGUCGAAUGAUGACCUCAAUUAUCUGAAGCAUACACUCAGUACAGCCACCAUUCCAGACACCCUUCACAACGUAAAAAUAAUAAAAAAAGUCGCCAGUGACGUCAUUCCAUUUCACAAUGACGUCACAAGUAGUCAUGACGUCAUUUCUUGAUCACUUGCUAAUGGAUCUGUGCGCGCAUUUAAUUCUGCGAUGUCAAUUAUCGAGAUAAGGAAUUUCUCUCUACCAAUUGUCAUUAGCAUUUUUUUUUCCGGUUAGACCCUCUUCAGUUUCUUUUACCUAAUACUUUUUUGUAGUUGUCAAUAUUUGUUUUGUUCCCUACCUCGUCUAUAAUAGCUUUUUCAAGGUGUGAAUUGACCAGUGCAUGAUAUUUGUUAUGUGUCAAAUCUCUUCGCCUGUCUUCAGCAGGAUGUUCAAUUUCUUUAAAAAGUUAAAACCCUUUUAAUCCAUGACGCACCAGGAAAUGAAAAAUUUUCUUUACGGAACGUAGGGAUUAUUUCUUGUUUUACCGUCGUCGCUAUUCGAAUGUUAUCGAAAAUACCGACUCGUUGCAUUAAUCGUGAGGCACGGAACAAGGAAAAGGGGAAAACAAAACAAGACAAAAACAAGAGGGUUUUGUAAAUAUUCGAGAGCACCUUUUUAUCAUCUAGCACUUCCGUAAAUAUCGCGUCAGGUAAAUGUAAACCUUAGCAGUAAAAACAUUUUUGAGGGCUGAAUAUUAUUGAUAUAUACUUGUCGGUAUCUUAACCUCGCUAAUACGAACAAAGCUCCCUUCCUUCUCCUCGCUUACACUAAUGAUAUGCUAUUGUGUAAGCCCCCCGUUUUUGCUCGAAGUCUCACUAAUAUGAACUGCCCAAGUAAUCUUACGAUGUUGGAGUGGAAUCUUUGUCCUACAAAUCACCUAAUAUUCUGUGGAGUCAUGUCGAGUCAUUUUUUAAUUUUAUUUUUAGAUAUUUAUUUUACUUGGUUUGGCUGAAAGUGAAUAAUAAAAUCAUAGACUGAAGCAA